AUGCAGCAACUUACGGGAAGUCUCCGGCUUAUGCCACCUGCCAGCGCAGCAGCAGCAACAGCAGCAGCAGCAGCAGCAACAGGAACAACAUCUGCUGCUGGUGUCUGGGGUAGGCAUGCGGCUAGCCGUGCCCAUUUCCACAGUGUUAUAGUAGCAGCUGCUCCUGCCUCUGCAACAGCAGCAGCAGCAGCAGCACAAGCACCUGCUGCUGCCCCACACAGUAUCUCCACCACAGACGAUGGUGACCCUGACAGCAGCAGCACCUGUGUGGAGGCAGCAGCAGCAGCAGCAGCAGAUGCAGCAGCGCCUCCGGUUGUAUUGCUGCCUUUAUUUUACGAGCUAAGGCAGCAACCGCGGCUGCCGUUUACUGCGCUCUGCAGGCCAGCAGCAGCAGCAGCAACAGCAGCAGCAGGGAGGCAUCAGCUGCAGCGGUGGCAUAAAACGAUCCCCUUCGUUCUCGGGCAGCAGCAGCAGCAGCAGCAAAUCCCCGUGGGCAGCAGCUUCGGCUCCAGCCUUCCUGCUGCGCUGCAGCAGCAAGAACACUUCUUUCGAAUACAGCAGCAGCAGCUGCUGCAGCAGCAGCCGCAGCAACAGCAGCAACAGCAGCAGCAGCAACAACUGCCAUAUGAAAGAGAAAAGGACGAUGCUGAACCCUCUAGCAGCAGCAACUGCAGCAGCAACUGCAGCAGCAGCAGCAGCAGCAGCAGCAGAGUUUUCCCGCAGCGCAGAGCAAUUUCAAGACAAGACAUGGAUGCUGCAUCAACAGCAGCAAUAGCCGAAGCAGCAGCAGCAGCAGCAGCAACAGCAACAGCAGCAACAUCAGCAGCAGCAACCCGCCAGCUGCUGCACUCUGCUGCUGCAGCAUUGAAUGCCUCCCCUAUAGGGAUGAUGACCGCGCAGCAUCUUGUUGCCCUUGGCUAUUUCCUUGUAGGCAACAGCAACAGCAGCAGAAGCAGCAGCAGCAGCAGUAGCCCUAGCAGCAGCAGCAGCAGCAUCCCUACCAGCAGCAGCAGAAGCAGCAUUCAACAGUGGCGCGAUCUGCUGCUAUGUCGCCAUCUGCUGCUGCGUCUUCUUGUCUUGCUGCGAGAGCACAACAGAAACGUGCACACCCAACAGCAGCAGCAGCAGCAGCAGCAGCAGCAGCAGCAGCAGCAGCAGCAGGUGGUCAAUGCGCAGCAGCUAACACAGAUAUUAAAAAGUCUCGCUAGGCUUCGCAUAUUUGAUCGUUUGCUGCAGAUGCCUCUGUCCCCUCCUGCUGCUGCUGCUGCUGCUGCUGCUCCUGCUGCAGAUGUUAUUUCUGUGCCUAAUGCUGCUGCUGCCUCUUAUGAUGAUGCUGCUGCUGCAGCCGCUUCCUCUGUUACUCCUGCGUCUGCUGCUGCUUCUGCUGCUGGUGGGCCUCCUGUUGUUAUUAGGCCUGCUGCUGCUCUUGCUGCUACUGCUACUACUGCUGCGGUUGCUGCUGCUGCUGCUGCUGAGAUACAGACGGGAAGCAGCAGCAGCACAGACAGCCCAGUGCUCACUGCAGCAGGAGCUCUCUUCCCUGCUGCUUUUUACCGGCUGCUUGAGACAGACAGCAGCAGCAGCAACACCAGCAGCAGCAGCAGCAACAGCAGCAGCAUGCUGCAGCCGGACGGCACGGUUGUUGGGGUACCUGAACAACAGCAGCAGCUGCUGCGGCAGCAGCUAAAGCAGCAGCAGCAGCCGCAGCAAGAAGAUGCUCCUUGGCGCUUGGCUCUAUUAGGACCUGACACAUGGAGUUCUUCCCAGCAGCAGCAGCAGCAGCAACAGCAGCAGCAGCAGGAGGUUGGGGUAGACGUUGAGGACCCUGCUGCUGCUGCUGCUGCUGUAUUUGUUAGCCAUAUUGCUUCCUCGCUAGCAGCAGAGCUGUCUCUAAUCUUUGGUAGAGACCUCCGCUGCAUGCUGCAGCAGCAGCAGCAGCAGCAGCAGCAACAGGAGGAGCAACAGCAGCAGCAGCAGCAUGGGAGGAGGCUGCAGGGUAUUUUCUUUCAACCUCAAGAAUUAGCUCGUGCUGCGCUGCACUGUGCUGUCCUCUUCUACCCCUGGAUGCGCAGCAGCAGCAGCAGCAACAGUAGCAGCAACAGCAGCAGCAGCAGCAGCACCAACAGCAGCAGCAGCAGCAGCAGCAGCAAAGGUGCAUUAAAGGAAGAAACACAAAGUGCUGCGCUGCUGCUGCAGUCCUUGUGGGGUCAUUUGCUGCUGCGCAUGCAACCACACUUUAAUGCUAAGUAA